AUGAAAUUUCACCAAACUACAGCUUUGUUCUUGUCUACAGUCUUUUCUCUUUUGACGUCGACUGUAUGCCAAAAUGACGAAUCCGCCGCAGUGUACAUAUCUUCGCUGAGAACCAGCUCCGGAAAUCUCACCUUCGCACUCAGUGUUGCCGACCCAACGGUGUCCCAGGAUAUGUACUUUCACAUCUCUGGGCCAUCUAGCUACUCGUAUAUUGGGAUCGGGACAGGCACGGUCAUGCAAGACGCACUCAUCUUCGUGAUCUACCCCAAUGCAUCGGGAGAUGGAAUCACUCUGAGUCCCCGAAUAGCAACCGGCAACAAAGAACCUGUCCUCGCACCCUCAUUAGAUGUCGAAGUCCUUCCGGGAAGCAAUACGUCCAAUGGCCUAAUGACUGUCAAUGCGCGCUGCAAGAAUUGCCUCAGUUGGAGUUCCGGAGCUUUGGAUUUGACUGACAUGGCUUAUCCAUGGAAUUACGCCUUGGGACCGAAUACCGCUCAGUAUGUAAGAAUCAAGAGCAAUUCACUGUCGGCCGAUCUUGAGAUGCAUGUUGAAUAUGGACUGUUUACUCUGGAUAUGACUCGCGCUACUGGAGGUGCCGGCGCAUUGCCAACCUCUCUAACAAACCCGAUCGGCUCCAACGCAACCCGUCCGCGAGUCCUCACGAGCAACUAUCCCACCAUCAUUCACGCAGUCUUGGCCACCUUACCAUUAGUCUUGCUCCUACCCACCGGCGUCAUUUUUCUCCGCUUCUUCCCCGGCAGUGUGCGAUGGCACUGGGUGAGCCAAACCGCCUCUUCGGUGAUUAGUGUUCUGGGGAUAGCCGUAGGCAUAUAUCUCAGUACUUGGUUCAACAAGUCCAAGUCAUUUGGGAGCGGACACCAAAUUAUCGGAUACAUUAUCUGCGCCGGCAUACUGGCGCAAUGGUUUCUCGGGUUUUGGCAUCAUCGCCUGUAUAAAAAAAUUCAAAGGCCGACCAAUUAUGGCUUUGUGCAUCGCAAUUUCGGACAUCUUGUCUUCGUAUUUGCUAUUGUAAAUGCCGGUAUAGGAUUAUCCUGGAGUCAAGCUGCCUCACCUGUUAUUAUAGGAUAUUCUGUUGCUGCUGGGAUUGUUGCUAUUGUACAUUUUUCGCUCGUGGCGUGGAAACGCUGGGAACGACGGAAGCUUGACGCUUCUGAGCCAAAACCCGAGUAA